CUAGCUUGAGUCAGCUGGCUUCUGGUUCUGUUGCUUGGCUAACCAAUUUAUUGCAAGAUUUAUUUUGCAUCGACUGACAAUGUCUACGGGCGAAGAUAAUGUCGAAAUCAAAAAGGACGCGGAAGGCAAAAACAAAGAUAAGGUCUAUUGCACAUUUUGUCCUUCAAAAAUGCUCAAUGCUGGAACUGCUAGAUUAAUAAACAAGGAGUUUGCACUACCACAUAUACAUAUUAAAGGAGAAGGUGAAGCUAAUCAGCAAGAAACUAUUUCCGAUUAUUGGUUGGUGGAAGAUAUGUAUACUUUUGAAAAUAUUGGUGUGUCGCAUACAGUAGGUAAUGUCAAAUACCUAGCUUGCGCGGAUUGCGAGAGAGGUCCAGUGGGAUGGCAUGAUUUGUCUACAAAGAAGUCAUAUAUUGCGCUAUGUAGAGUGAAACAUGAAUGAAUUAGAGAUAAGCUUAUUAAUUAAAUAAUUUUAUAAUUUUAUAUGACAUGUAAUAAUUUUAUAAGCAUAUGUACAGAGAUAAUGUUAUACAGAUAUAAAAUAAUAUUUAUGAUGCUAUGCAAA